UGUGACAUUAGUCCAUGUACAUGGGUAUAUAAGUCCAUCUGCGGACGGAUUUUCAAGAUGCUGACCUAACAGGGGGGGACACGUUUUUAAAUUUCAAUUGCUUUGUAGGGUUAUAUUAUUUAAAGACAAAUAUCAGUUCCUGUACUGUUGGUACCAUUUCAAAUCCUUUAGGGUCCCUCAUCAUUGACUUUGAGAUGCAGUGUUUCCAGAUGAUUGCGUUAGCUGUGGCUGUGUUCUUUGCUAUGCUAUCAUCCUACACAGUGGGCUCGGUAGGGAAUGCCAGUUCUGUUGGGUUUAAGAUUUGGAAGUUUGAGGAUCAACCUUUGGUGAUGCAACUUGCUGCUGUCUACAAGGAAAUGGAACACUUCAAAUGUGAACAAACAAAUAUCAAGCAACAGCUGGAGGCCCUGAAUCAGAUGCUGACAAGCCCUAAGAAUGAGACUACAACAGAAAUAGGCAGCACUUCUCUUGUUUACCCCCCAAACCAUGGAGAGGAGGACAUUGUGCGGUCAUCAGAGGAAGAAGACUCCAUGCGACCCUUCGAUCCCUGCUUCCGCUACACCGUCCUGGACCAGCCCUGGAGGGCCACUAACACCAGCAUCAAGAACAAGAUGUGUGACCGCAACGUCAAGUGGCGAGGCUGGUACCGCCUGUUCUACAAGGGCAACAGUCUGCAGAUGCCCGAGAGGUGUGUGCCCAUGAACAAGUGUGGCACCCACGCCCCCCUGUGGCUGGCCGGGCCUCACCCGAAGAGGAGGGAAGGGAUCGUCACCCGCAAGGUCUGCGGCCACUGGAACAAGAACUGCUGCGCUUUCAAGUCCACACCCAUCAAAGUGAAGAAGUGCCAGGGCAAUUAUUACGUCUAUAAGUUAACCAAACCGGCGACAUGUCACCUGGCCUACUGUGCAGAUAUCAACACCAUUGUGUGUGGAAAGUGCAGGAAAAGCGAGACCUGUGUAAGUCGAGACAAUAUAAACUGGAGGUGUAAGAAGAAGCCAAGACCCCUGAAGAGAAAAGUCCACUUCUUUGCCUCCUAUCCCGGGCCCAUCUCAGGCAAGGUGAUCCGCAUCAAGUACAGGACUGUCCUUGUGAACGUUGGGCGAGCCUUCAACCGGAGGACCGGGGUGUUCCAGGCUCCUGUCAAAGGAGUCUACCAGUUCUUCUUCUCCACACAGAGUGGGAAACAUGGUGUCAAGACAGACCUAUGGUUGGUGAUCAAUGGUUACUGGGUGGCUGUCUCUCACACCAAAAUCAGUAGUCCCUCCACUGUGGGUAAUCUGUCCACUUAUAUGACCUUUCUGCGCAGAGGGUCCCUGGUGUAUGUGACCCAAGACUGUGGUAGCUCUUGGGCCACUGAUUCAUCCAAUACCAUCACAUUUGGUGGGUCACUGCUUGUUCAGUCGAAGAGGUAGACUAAAGCCAAUAUGUGUCUGUUUUCAUUUAGUAUAUGAUUCUUAUUUACAGAUUUAAUGGUGUUUCUGUCAAAACAGCGUUGCAGUUGAAAACACUUCUUCUAACAUUGAAUUAUUUAUUUUGGUCAUUUAGCAUAGUCUACACUCUUGUCCAGAGCAACUUACAGUCAGAUGCAUGGACWUCAAUCAUUUGGCUUAAAAUAAAUACUGUAUGUUGCUUCUGUAGUAAGUGAAAGUUUGCUUUAAUUCAAAAUGAAAACAAUUUAGAUUCUCAAGAGUUGAAAUUAGGCAGUCUUAAUGUAAUUCUCAGAUUGUUUGACAUUUAAUUUCCAUAUUUUGCUGACAUUCGCAAAAGGCACCAGUAAGAAAAAUAUUUCCCGCCSAUGACGUUUUCAGAGUAAAAUGCUGUGUUAGUUGAUACUCUAUAUCAUUAAAUAGGCCUUUUGUAUUUUAAUACAAUUACAGUACACUAAUAAGAGAUUCUAAAAUAAGAGCCUACCUCUCUCAAACACAAGAUGGCAUACUAGGGCAUACAAUUGUAAUUAGUAGACAGAUUACAGCAGCAUCAGUGAUAUAGACUGUCAGUCGAACCUAUAUGUUGAGUUUAUUUUGCCAGUGUUCAGUAGGCCUAAUUCCAAGAAACUAAAAGUGCUGAGAGUGUUUUUGUCAUAUGUUCAUCAUCAUCCAUAUGGUCAGUCAAUGGUACAAAUUCUGUAACAGGGAGUUGAGUUGAGUCAAAAAUUUACAGGCUGUCUUGAAAAAAAAAAGMUUUUUAUUUUUUACAUCCUAUUAUUUUUGACAUACAAAAACUACCCAAAGUCAAAUGGCAGGCCUGCAUGUAGCUAGGCUGAGUUGUUGACAACCGGAAGCUCCGAUUUUCAGGGGAAAUGGAAGAGCGCACCUGUGAUGCAACUUCCACCUUUGGAAGUUAACAUGGCCACACUCUAUCUUUAAAAAAAUAAAUUAAAAAAAAGUUUUUUUUUUUUAAUUUACAAAUAUCAACAAACAAAAGAGGAAUUGUCACAUGCAAACGCCACACUCUAUCAUAACUCCUUCACCUUUACUGGAUUGUUUGAACAGUGCAGAGAACCUUCCCCAACUGUUUUUUUWAUUAUUUUUUAUUCUUGUCCGGACCAGAAUGUUGGGGAUCUAGUUUCAGGUGUUUCUUUUAGGCCUGCUAUUUAGAUUAGUCUGCACAUAAAUUGUAAGCUAUGAAUGUCUCCUUAUAUGGCAUAAUUAUUGGGAAUCAUUUGAGGCCCCGACUAGGCAUACUGAAUUGGAUUUGAAGAACUUGUCAAAAUGACUAGUCACCCGAGAAGUGUAUAAAACUUUUCAGUUGUCAUGGAAAUUGUACUGUUUUCAAAAUGUACACAUGACAAGUUUAGACCAACACUUCUGACCAGGGGGUGGAGCGUUGCGAGGCGGGUAGGAUUCUACUCGUCUGUAUAGAGUCGAGACGAGAAAUUCAAGGAAAGGGCUCUUUUGAUAGGCGUUUAGUGUAACGGGAGUCCGGACAAUACCUUUUCGGCGAAUGCAACAAGUGUCUGGAUAUGAAAGCAUAUUCUGAACUAACCAUUCCUAUUUGAAACCGUCCGUUGUAUUGAGAACAAAUAAUUAGAUACGUUUUGCUAUAAGUUUGGCUGUUUUGUAUCGUUUCCUUAAUUUUUUGCAGCUCAUUCAAAAUGAGUAAAAAAUAACAUCGUAUCACUUGUACUGUUGACUAACGUUACUUGAAUGAAGACAAUGCUCCUCGACCAUUUGGAGCUUGAAUAGGUGCACUGACCAGCUCGCCAUUGUUUACCUGGUGUCGCGGAGGACCARUUCAAAACAGUGAAGUUGUCUUUUACAAAAAAGUAUUUUCUUCUGAACCGAUUUAAAA